CUUGUAUAUUUCCUCACGGAAAGAGGGAUGGGUAGCAGUCACGUGAUCGCGCGCGCACGUGGAUGAGCGCGAGAUCGAGCGAACGAGAGGCGUUCAGACGACCUUUGUCCCUUCAACCCGACGCUGUCACCUCACGUGAACGAUUUUUUUUUCUUUUUUCCCUUUUUUUAACGUCCGUUAUUGUUGUUUAUUUUUUCUCGUUGGUUAUUUAUAAAGAUGACAAAACUUUACAUUGGUAAUUUGCCGGAUGUUAACGAAGUCACUGUCCGAGAUUUGUUCCACGAGCACGCGGGAGUUGUGCCCGAGACUGUUCUCGUGAAGAAAGGCGGCUACGCUUUUGUCGAGUGUCCCGACCAAGAAUCGGCCGAGAAAGCAAUCGAAGUGUUGAAUGGUUUUACAUUCAUGGGGUCUCAACUGUUAGUGGAGCCUUCUGUUCCUCAGAAUAGAAGAAGUCGUACAAAUAAAGUACAGGUAAGCAAUAUACCUGAACAUGUCGAAUGGGAAAAUGUGAAAAGGCUUUUAUCUACUUUUGGAAAUGUGCAGCAAUGUGAUCAAGGUGCUGUGGCAGAUGAUGUGUAUAGUGUAGUUGUAACUUAUGAAACUCAAGAUCAGGCUCAACAAGCCUUUGCUCAAUUAAAUGGCUAUGAAUAUGAAGGAGUAUUACUGAAAGUAGACUUUUAUAUGGAUCAAGGCCGCAGUAAUAGAAUGGCACGUGGGCGUGGAAAUUUUCAUCCUUUUCCAUUUCCAGGAAAUUCUGCCUCAUUACGUCCUUCAGAUUUUCCACUCAGAAUUCUUGUUUUGAGUGACAUGGUAGGAGCAAUUAUUGGACGUGCAGGUGGAACAAUCAGACAAAUAACUCAGCAGUCAAGGGCAAGAGUUGAUGUACAUCGCAAAGAAAAUGCCGGAUCUCUUGAAAAGGUUAUUACAAUUUAUGGUAAUCCUGAAAACUGUUCAUUAGCUUGUCAGAAAAUUUUAGAAGUGAUGCAACAAGAAGCAAAUAAUACAAAUAGAGGAGAAAUACCUUUGAAACUUCUGGCACACAACAAUUUAAUUGGUCGAAUUAUAGGUAAAAGUGGAAAUACUAUUAAACGAAUUAUGGGACAAACUGAUACCAAAAUAACUGUUUCCAGCAGCAUUCAUGAUGUCAACAGUUUCAAUUUGGAACGAGUUAUCACCAUCCUGGGAAGUUUAGAAAAUAUUUGUAAAGCAGAACAAAUGAUCAGUUCAAAGUUACGACAAAGUUAUGAAAAUGACUUAGCUGCGAUGGCACCUCAAGCAUUAAUGUUUCCUGGACUUCAUCCAAUGGCUAUGAUGUCUACAUUAGGUGCUGCAGGUUAUCCACCUGGACGUGGAGGGCCAGCAACUCCACCUUAUAGCAUGUAUAAUUCACCACCAUCAUAUAUGCCUAUGAUGUAUCCUCAUGGUUCUAGUUCACCACAACAACAAGAUUCACAAAAGGAAACUGUGUACUUAUAUAUUCCAAAUACAGCAGUAGGUGCUAUCAUAGGUACGGGAGGAAGUACAAUACGUGAUAUGAUAAGUUCUUCUGGUGCCAGUAUCAAAGUUACACAACCUAAUAAAGAUGAACCAAGUGACCGUCAAGCAGAAAGAAAAGUUACAAUUGUUGGUUCACCUGAAUCCCAAUGGAAGGCUCAGUUUAUGAUAUUCAAAAAAGUUGGUUAUGAAGGUUUUACUGGACCACAAGAGGCACGUCUUAGAGUAGAACUUUUUGUUCCAUCAAAUCAAGUAGGCCGCAUUAUUGGGAAAGGUGGACAAACUGUUAGAGAAUUACAAAGACUUACCCAUGCUAUAAUAAAAUUACCAGAAGAAAGUGACAGUUCUGAAGAAGAUGAUACUCCCGUCCAUAUAAUUGGUGAUUUUUAUAGCACACAGGCUGCUCAAAGACAAAUAAGAGCAUUGAUAGGAAGAAAUCAACCUGUUACACACCGACGCCCAGGUGGAAAUAUACAGCAGAAUCAGUCACAGCCUCAACGCUCUGUUCAAAACAACUAAAUUUCAAAAUGUCUUGCUGAACAGGAUACCAAAGAUGUUUUGUGGAGAAAUUGAAAGUGACUGGUAGUGGGAAAAUUAAAAUUUGAGAUUGCUUUGUUUGGUUUCCAGAGUAACAUAUCAGUUAUGAUGGUUUCUUGUGACAUUUUCUCAUUGUCAAGAGCUGACAGUCAGUUGCAGGAGCUGCAGGUAUUUGUGGAUAUUUGUGAUGAACAUUUAUUCUUGCGAAUUUGAAUUAUAAUUCUCAGGAAUUUUGAAUGAGAAGUGUCUGGAGCACGGUAGUGACUCUAAGCAGCUGUUUAGUUAGUACAAACUUGUAGGACCACACUUGUUGAAACUGUAUCAUGGUCUUUGUAAUAUUGUGAAAAGUUUAUUUUUGAUACUUGUUGGAGAAACUUUUUGUUAUCAUUUUUACGAGCAGUUUUUUGCUAGCAAAUGUGUGGCCAGAAAAAUUUUUGGUCGCAAACCAAACUCUUCUAUGUUUCUCCAAUAAGAACUAUAUAGUUGUACAAAAAUUUUUUUAAAUUGUUUAAAAGAAAUCUAUAAUCAUCUGUGACUGACUGACUACAUCUAAUGAAAUAUUUCUAUCGGGACUUAGUUUUUUAACUUGUAUGUGUUGGCACCCUCACAACAAGACAUGAGAAUAUAGUCCAUACAUAGUUUAAUGACUUGAAAGAAUGUUAUGAAAGAAAUAGUGGAAAACCAAACAAAGCACAAUUAUUUAAUCCAUCCAUUAAGGAAUGGUGGUUACUGUAAGGAAACUGUCUUUAAACCAUAUAAUUAUAGAUACAGGGGGAAAUUUUGCACAUUUUUUGCCUUUUGGGAAUUUUGAUUCAAUUUUUAAAAAAUUAAAUUUGCCAUUUUCAUAAUUAUUAGAAGAACAGCAUAUUAUUCUGCUGAACAACUUUCUGAUUUGUUGAUACCUUGUUUCAAAGCAAUUGUUUUUUCCUGAAAAUACUUCAUAAUGGUACAAAUUUAAGGGCAUUGUGUGCAAACAGAUUUAUUUCAGGUCUAAAUUUGCACCAUCAGGUAAAAAAUUCAGAGGUUGCAAUGGAGGUAAUGCAAAAUAAUGAAAUUUAGAAAUUUUUUUGUUUAAUAAUAAUUCAAAAUAUAUAAUUAUCAUUUUUAUUAAUCAAUUUACUCUUGAAAACCCAUACAACCUCUGCAAAUUUGUUCUCAUUUAUGGUAGAACAAGAGCUGGUGCAAAACUCAGCUUAAUUGGCAUAUAGCCCAGAAGUACUACCUCACUUAUUAAAGUUGAAAAUUUUAUUUAUCACUGAUUGCAGUAAUUUGUGCUGAAAGUUCCUCUAUAAAAUUUUUGGAAUGACCUCUAUCCAUUCCUUAAAUAUUUAUAAACUGCUUUGAUGCUGAGUUCAAGUACUGGUAUUUUUCAUAUGAAUUAAUGUUGAAAUUUUCAAUUACCUCAGUUAUGAAGAGAAAGCAGUUAUAGAGGAAAAUGUGUCGUAAUCAACCAGUAUUGAAAAAAGUGGAAUUGCUGCUGAUGUCAUAAACAAGUCACUAAUGUUGCAUAAGAUUAAGAUGCUUUAUAUUAUCAUAGAAUAAUUGUAUUUCAACUGCACAGGAAUUCAUCUUUUGACUUUUCAAGAGUGUUUGUUACAACAGCUUUGACCGCUAAUAAUGGUCAAAAUUAAAAAUAAAGAAGUACAGCUGUUGUUACAUUAUCAUGUCUGUAAAGUUAGUGGUUUUUUUUUUGUUUGAGAUUUUUGCUUUUGAUUUCAAGAAAUGAGGUAUCACAUUCUAAUGAAGCAUCACUUUAUCUCGAAGGGAGUAAGACAGCAAUAAGUAUUUUGUAACAAUGCAUUUUGAUUUCCUUGCUAAUUAAUUUUUGUUUUUGUCAGAAUAUGUAAGUACAAUAGUAGAGACAAGUUAGCCUUUGAUGUAUUUUUCAGUUCAGACUAUAUAACAAUGGUAAGCACUUCUGUGUACUCCUUAAAUAGUAGGUGUUUCUAUUUUGUGAGGGUGCCCUAGUGUUAUGGGAUAAAAACAGAUCCAGGUAUAAGAUAGCAUUUGAUAAAGGUACCAGUAUUAAAGCAAUAGGUGUCAAUAAUUUAUGAAUUUCAGUACAAAAAAGAUGGGGGAAUUUGAACCUUACAAUCCGCUGCAUCAAUUCAGAUAUAUUUGGUUAUAGGUUUGAAGAGUUUUCAAAGAUUAUCUACCUCGUAGCCAGGUAAUAUUUGUUUCCAGUUUAUCUAAGGGUUGACUAAAUUACCUGUUCCCACAGGUAUGCACAAUAUAUAGGUAUGUUUUGGCUCUGCCAUGUGCCAUAUUUUCUCAAUACGAGUGUGUAUUUGAUUGCAAAUAGUAAAGAUUACAUAGUUGGACAGAAUGCAAAAGUUUUGAAAUAGUGCAGUGUUUUAUUCUCAUUUGUCCCACUAGUGAUCACUGCCUUAUUUCUUAAAAUGAUCCAUUCUGUUUUUUUUUUCUUACCCAUUAGAUUUGGAACCUUAAAUGCAGCCCAUCUUGGAUAAUGUUAAUGAUCAUUUAUAAUUGAUCAAUUGUCAUUAAAAAAAAACUGUUUUGUUCCCAUAGAGGGCAACACUGUCUAUUGUUAGUGCAAUAGGCCAUAAUGGGUUUGGUUUGCAUUGACCAAGUGGUACAGUGAACUCCUCAAAUAUCUGUUCUGUCUUUUCUACUAUGAUAUAUUAAAUUAUUCUAGUUAA